AUGCAAAAACAUAACAAUCAAUUGGCUUCGUUACAAAAAAUAAAUUAUCCUCAACAACAGCAUUCAUUCGAUUCACAUCAGUACAAUAACCGUUAUCCUUUACAAUUUAUCUCUGGACAGUUAGAAUUAAAACAUAAUUAUUCGGAUUCUGAUGAGCCGUCUAGUUUUUAUCAACCAAUAUCAUCAAAACAACAUUAUUAUUCAUCAUAUCGUCGAUUUAAAACAUGUGAUCGUUUGCCAAACAUAAACACUUUGAAACUUCAUUUCAUCCAAAGCCUAUCUGGACUUAGUGAAUUACAAACAGACAAUAAAACAAUGUCUUUAACAACACCACCGGCACAAAUGCCUACUACUUUGUCUCUCCCACUUCGAAUUUCGCGUGAAACAGCAUUUAAGCCGAUAAAUCAUAAAACUUUUGAUAGAAAUGCAUCAUCCUCCUCUUCUCAGUCUAUCCAUGAAUGUAACAGUGAAAGUUACGUCAUCGCUAAUGUCAACAAUGAAGUAGGUCAUAGUAGUAAUAACGUAAAAAUAAAUUCCACACCGAAUUUAUUAGAUUAUAUUAACACAAUUAAUUCUUCUGUUAGCAGUUACAAGUAUAAUAAUCCAUUGAUCUAUGCACAACAACAGUUCCACUUACAACAACUUAAACAGUUUCAACAACGUGACAUACCAAAUCAUGGUGAUAAUAGAUUACCGACAACUGGAAAAAACUGUACCACAAGAAGUAUGGAAGAACUUUUGAAGCGACAAAAAAAGCUAGAUCAUCUUCAAUAUUGUCUUCAAAGAUAUGAAAUAGAACGUGAAGAAGCUGGACAAGCAAUACGUAGAAUAGAAGAACGUAUGCAAGAAUUAGAAGCUAGAGCAUCGGAUCUAUUAGAAUAUAUAUUAAUGAAUACUGGAUUAAGUUUAUGUGAUACACACAUUUCUUCAGAGGUGAUUAAUUCACUCAAGCAAACCAGCAAAUCUUUUAUUGCUUACUUUCAACUAUGUAGCAUAUGA